CAUGUCACAAAGAAAUUCCACAAUGGCUAACAAUAGACACUUCUAGAAUGGUUGAAUUAUCAUAUUGGAUGGAAAAUGCGAAGAGCCAGAGAGUUAUGGCAAAGUAUGGCCAAGAAGAGAAAAAGCUUCAUCCACUUGGCUGGCACGACUUGCACGGAUCUCUCCCCUUCAUCCUCCUAGAAACUCUUUGA